GGCGGUGUGGGCGCGGCGUGUGCGGCAGGCUGGGCUGCACCGCAGCGCAUACACUACAAUGGCUGCUGGAAGGACGGGAAAGCAAACAAUUUCCAGGCCCGCCGCGUCCAGCCCGAAAUAUGGGGAAAAAAUUUCAGAAAAAUCGGAGAACACUGUAAAGGGUGGAAACGGGGCGCAGAGGGGAUGCUGAGGCUCCCGCGAGGCCCAAGGCAACCAGGUAAAAGCCCAGCAAAUAAAGGUCAGUAGCCUCACCUAUGCCACACUGUCCGGCCCGGCCUGGGCCUGCUGGAAGCACUGUGACUCAUCAGAUGCGAACAAUACUCAAGAAACAGCUACAGGAUCCUGCAGAGGCUGGAGGAGGAAACCGAUCCAGUAAGUAUUGCAUGCCCAAUUGCACAAUCAUUUCGCAGCAGGGUUUUAAACUACUUUUUCUGGGUUGGAGCGUCCUGGCGCAGGUAGCGGCCUUCCCCUCGCCGUUCAGCUCGGAGCAGGCACGUGUCUUUAUAAGCUGCAGGCUCCUCAUCCACACGUAUGUGCUCUCACCGGCCACCUCCAAACUUCUGUGCUUCAGCUCUGACCCCUGCGUGUCUUCUUUUCUCUUACUACCUCACUGGAGAAUAACAGCCUUACAGUUGGUGCUCCUUCCCUGCCAUCCCCAAAUUCUUGCACAUGCAACCCAGUAAAUUCGGCUCGUUCACUCAGCUAACCUUGCCUAGUUGUCAGUCCUGGUUUGCUGAAGGAAGCUUUGCUGUCUCAGCUUCCUUGUACCUUCCAAUUCUCCUUCCCCUGUUAUCUACACUCCCUACUCUCUGUGUAAGAGCCCCAUCCCAUGAGGAGUGGCAUGAAGUCCUCUUUGCCCAGGUCUCCAUCCUGUAUCUACCUUGCCCUGGUUGUUGUCUGGAGGAGUUUAGAAGGACCAGAGGGGUGACCCCACUGUCGGUGCUGACAUACCUGGGAGCACGCUGCCCUCUCCCUGCCUUCCCUGGGGUGCUUGGCUAUGCGGGGAAGGCACAAAGCUAGAUGUGGCGAGGAGCAAAGCCAUGCCAGCUGAGCCAGGGCACAGCUCGGACCCACACUCUCCAGCAUCCUGGCCCCUCAUGUGGGUGGAAGGAGAGAGGGACUGGGGGGCUGGAGGGUAGCUUGUUUUGGGGGGAGGCACAGGUCGUAGAGGAUGGGUGGUGUUACAUGGGACUCGUGUUGCCUCCUCCUGUCUGCGCCCCUCACCUCUGCCCAUGCGAGCUGCCCUUCAGUUCUAAGCGUGGGUCUGACCUCCUCCUAGUCAGUGCCAUCUGUGACAAUCUGUGCCAGUGACAUGGGGAUUAUUAAAUUUCUCUCUUCAGUACCAGACCCCACAAAUACAAGAGCUCUUGAUCACGGUUUUUGGUGCUUGUGCAUUUUUCAUAUCGUGUGGUUUUCUUUCUCUUGCUUCCUGCCCCCCAACCUACUGAAAUGGCAUCCUCCUCCUCAGGCCGAUGUAGAAGCUUUAACAAUUCAUUUCUUUGCUGUGCCAAGUCCCAAACACGAGUUGCGCUCCUCUGCCUCUUUCCUCAGCUGAUUUGAUCUCCUCUCAUUUCCUCCUCACUAAUCACAGCCUUCCCCAGCUUUGGUUAUGCUGCCCCCCUGCUCCAGACCUUAGUCAUGCUCAGAGUGUUUAUAAAUCUUAAUGCAGCCUCAAAUCUAAAGCCACGCUGUCGCUGAGUUUCAUUAGCGUGCUGAGGGUGAAGCGCCCGAGGAAUUUCAAACUGCUUUGCUUUUCUAAAACCUUAUUUAGCAUAGUGGGCUUGUGGAAACGUAACAACUAGGACAGAUUUCUCUUAAUUUUGCACUGUGCUUUACAGUAACUUGUAGGAACCACAAAAAAAGAGUGCGUGGGAGGGGGGGUUGACACAAAUAUGGCAAGGUAAAGGAGUUCCUUUUUUUUUUUUUCCUUCUAGGAAAUGUUCAUUUAUCUUGUUAGCAGGUAACCUUGUAGUGCAUUAUCCCUCUUUGCCUGUUGUCUUUAUAAAUGAGGCCCUUGCACUUCCCAGGAAUUUGCCAGGGAGUAAUACCCUUCAGCUUAAGGACAGUUAGUUGCACGUUUGCACAGUUACAAAUAAAAUCCCAACUGUCUUUUUUCUAUACAAAUAAUAAUAAUAAAAAAUCAGAACUUUACAUUCAAAUGCCUAUGCAGCAGUGCCUGACCAUUUCAAAUUUUGAAACAGUAACAACCAACUUAACCCAUUCCGCAUGCCCCAGAAAAAAAAAAAAACACAACAGCAUAUGUAGUAUGUGGAGGUAAUUUGGAAAGCAUCCUGCAGGUUUGAAGGGAACACAGUGAAAAGAAAAGCUGGGAGGAAAAGAGUUUGGAUGUGGUUGAGAGGGAAGAAACCAGUCAGCAUUAUUGAAGUAGCUUGUAAUAAGUGGGGUGAGUGGUAACUUUAUUUUUUUCUGAUUUCUCUUAGCACGUAAAAAGCUGCAGCCCAUGUGAAGAGGGGAGUUAUUAGCUAAAAGAUAGCCAUCAGAUUUCAGAAGAUAAAUGAAAGGUGGAUCUGAACCUUGAAAUUGUCAGCUCAGCGUGAGGUGGCAAAGGCAGAAUGGUGAAAGGAGGGUUUCCUGGAGAACUCCCGGAAGACUGAAAUGGAUUGUGCAGUUCUGGAAGGGGACAAGAAACAGGCAAUACAAAGACCAGUAAAAAUGGGAAGUACUGGAUUCUGGUUUCCUCCAAGAAGAGUCAGCGGAACUGGUUAAGACCAAAAUCUGAGGACUUUAGUGGGCAAACAUCAGGCAUAUGGCUACUCAUUCUCCUGAGAAAACCCACAAGUGUAAUUAUUGUGAGAAAAUGUUUCACCGAAAAGAUCACCUAAAGAAUCACCUACAUACACACAAUCCCAACAAAGAGGCCUUUAAGUGUGAAGAAUGUGGAAAGAACUACAAUACCAAGCUUGGGUUCAAACGUCACCUGGCUUUGCAUGCAGCAACAAGCGGUGACCUCACCUGUAAGGUAUGUUUGCAGACUUUUGAAAGCACAGGAGUGCUGCUGGAGCACCUAAAAACUCAUGCAGGCAAGUCAUCGGGUGGAGUGAAGGAGAAAAAACACCAGUGUGAACACUGUGAUCGUCGGUUCUACACCCGAAAGGAUGUCCGUAGACACAUGGUAGUGCACACUGGAAGAAAGGACUUCCUCUGUCAGUACUGUGCACAGAGAUUUGGGCGGAAGGAUCACCUAACGCGCCACAUGAAGAAAAGUCACAACCAAGAACUUUUGAAGGUCAAAACAGAGCCAAUGGACCUUCUAGAUCCCUUUACCUGCAACGUUUCUGUGCCUAUUAAGGAUGAGCUGCUUCCAGUGAUGUCUUUACCUUCCAGUGAACUGACAUCAAAGCCAUUUACAAACACUUUGCAAUUAAAUCUCUACAACACUCAGAUUCAGUCCAUGCAGAGUUCUGCAUCUGCACACCAAAUGGUUGCCACAUCAUUACCAUUGGGAAUGCCUUGUCCAAUAGAUAUGGAGUCUGUCCACCCUUCUCACCAGCUAUCGUUGAAAUAUCCGCUCAGUUCUACCUCAUACGCAGUUUCUAUGCCUGAAAAAGAACAGCCAUUGAAAGGGGAAAUCGAAAGUUACUUAAUGGAGUUGCAAAGUGGUAUGCCUUCUUCAUCCCAGGAUUCUCAAGCAUCUUCAUCAAAACUAGGGCUGGAUCCACAAGUAGGGCCACUAGAUGAUGGGUCUGGGGAGGUUUCCCUUUCCAAGGGCUCUGUUCCUAUUAGUGAACCUCUAAACACCCCAUCAUUGGACUUUUCUCAGCUGUUCAACUUCAUACCUGUAAAUGGCCCUCCCUAUAAUCCUUCUGUUUCAGUGGGAAACCUUGGAAUGAGUUAUACGCAGGAGGAGGCACAUUCUUCUAUGACUCAACUUCCACCACAAACACAGGAUCCACAAGAUCCUAGCAAUAGUAUAGGUCUUGGGUCUCUGCACUCAUUGUCAGCAGCUUUCACAAGCAGUCUAAGCACAACCACCACCCUACCACGAUUUCAUCAAGCUUUCCAAUAGGAUGUACAAAGCUGGCUUGUUACUGUCUAUUUGUAGAAAUGCCUUAGGUGACCAUUUUUAACUUAGUGCCUACUAUAAGACAUUAUAAAUUCUCUGCUUUUGUACAGUACCAAUCUCAUGAAGCCAGUAAGAAAUUUUUUAAUGUUUUGAAAGUGUUUAUUCUCAGCUGUGUUUACUUUGUUGUUUGUUUGUUGUUUUUUUUUUUAAAGUCUCAUUAUAUUGUUUUCAUUUUCACUGCCAAUUGACACAUUUAAAAUGUUCACUAGAAAGUCAUCCCAAGCAAACUUUCAACAUGCAUCCCUUUUUAUAAACUUUUUCAACCAUACCAGCCACUCUGUUUUAUUGAUGUCAGUGGUAGAACUACCAUUUUUACCUUUUAUAUAUUAAGCAUUUGCAAAGAAUCCAGUUCAAAUACGUAUUGCAAAGAUUCCUAAAGAUUUGGGAAAAAAAAAUCCCUAGUCCCUUUCCAAAAAAAAAAAACCUCUUCCCAAAUGGUGACAUCUGAUCUGUUCUAUAAUGACAAUUCUAAAUUUUUAAAUAAAUAUAGAAUUCAGAUUUUUUCUGAAAACUUGUAUGUGUAUAUAUAGAAGUUCAUAUAUACACAUGUACAUAUAUAUAACAUUUUGACUUGUAUUGAAGUCAUUAUAAAAGGUGUUACAAAUUUUGCCAUUUUCUGGCUUAAAUUGUUGUGGCCUGUUAUGAAUAUUGGAAGAAAAAAAUAUAGUUUAAUUUUGUAAAAUCGUGGCUGAACAGAAUUUCAACAGAGAAUCUCUGCUUGCCUAAAUGACAAAAGUUUCAAGUUGAAUUUGGAACUGUGUUGUGCUUUCAUGACUCUGGUAGAGGAAAACAGGCAAAAUUAAUGGCUGAUCUUGAAAUAUAAAAGUGUUGUAAUUUAGUAAUGCAGAAUAUUUUGUCGCAGUUUUUGUUUUAAUUCUUAACUUGCUGUUUUUUCUCUUUAGUAGCAUAGAAAGAAUACUGCAUAGGAAUCUUCCAAUAGCGUAUUCACAUUUGUAGGCAUCAGUCUUCUCCCAGCUGCCACCGCCAAAGGGUGGAUCGAGUCCAGCCAGAAAGUGUGUAUCUAUUUUCAGUUCAAUAUUAGUGUGCAGUCAGAGAGUGAAUGUAAAUUUGCAAAUACCAGUUUUUAAUAUUUUUUUUUAUUGGAAUGAACUUUUCAGUUGUGUUACAUGGUGUGUUAUGUCCUCCUAAGCAACAAGUUAGAUGUUAAUCAUACUUUCUACACCUGGGUACUUGGUUAGGGACUUUUUGCCCACUGCCAAGAUUUAAAGACAGGACUCUUAGGAGUGAAGUAAAAGCAUAUUGCUUACACCACUUUUACCUAAUGCAAUAUAUUCUAUUCCCCAACCCCUAAUAACCAAAAGAGGAAAAAGAAAAAAAAAAAAAAAACAAACCUGUGAUGCAUGAAAGCAAACUAGAUUUGCUGUAAUUCAACAAUAACGCGCUUUUCCUUGUCAUUUUUGCACAAGGAAUUAAAAAAUAGAAAUCAAAUACAUUAGUAUCUCUCAAACAAUAAUGAGGAUUCAUACAAGGUUUUAAGUGGUUAAACUGAAUAUACUUCACAGAAACAAAAGUUGCUCCCAUUUAAGGAGCUCAUGCUCCAGAUGUUUUAUCAGUAGCUCCUACUUUUUUUUUAAUUCUAGGAGCAAUAUGCAGGUGUAGUUUUACUAUUUUAUACAUAUGUGUAUUUAAAUUUUAUUACUGAAAGAUAACAUUUUUAUAAAUGUGUUUGUGUUCCAAAGGCAUUAAAAUAAGGAUGUAUUAAUAAGGAAAAUACCUUUUGAAAUUCUGCAAACUACUCCUAGAUUUUGGGUUUAGGAGCAUGUUAUCUCAAAGUGGGCUUUUAGCUCUGCUUCAUGACUGCUUCCUCUGGUUUCUAUGAAACAGAUCGCUUGCUUACUUACAUCUUUAGUUGAAUGAUUUGUUCAAUAUUGCUUUUUUUUUUCGUCACCUUUAUAAAGGAAAGAAAAACACAGGUGAACAGAGCACAAGGUGAAUGCAACAGAAUGUAAUUCUGGUUUAAAUCAGCAACCACAAUGCAUAUAGGGAGAUGUUGGCUUUACUCUCAGUUUUUUAAAUCAAUUAGGGAUGAAGAUCAGUGGACUUCAUUCCUCUGGUGGGCGCUGCCCCGCGUGGAGCUUCCCCUUGGCAGGGGGAAGCUGCGAGUGCUCAGCAUCUCACGGGCAGCUCUGGCAGCAGAAUUGGUGGCAGCACUCUUCCUCCUGGGCAGGGAAUGUGCAGGCACCAGGAGCUUCAAAGCUGGAGUUUUUGGUAUGGCAUGGAGGAAUUUGCUCGUUCAGGCAUCGCCAGUAAAUUUAAUCUCACCUGCUGCUGCCAGAUGCUCUGCCAGACUAGUGGCAGAAGGGAUUUGAUGUGGCCCAUCUAACACUCAGCGAGAGGCAGUGCCACCUGCUUAUCAGUCUCAGUUUCUGAUUAGACUUGAUUAAAACACACACACACAACAAACACUUGGCCAACACCCAGUUCUUAGUACUUAGCCGGAGUCCUUACCACUUGGUUAGUGCCUUAGCUUCCUGAGCAGGGGUUGACAUUUCACUUCAGAGGUAGACGUACAUUUCACUCGAGAAGUAGGGACCUCAGACAAGAUAUUGAACCUCAUUCAGUCAGGGCUUCAGUCGGCCAGGUUAGCGUGCCGCUGAACGAGGAUGUAUGAUUACGUGGAAGCAGCUUUGACGCUGUAAGCAAUAUUAACACCUUCGUGCUUUCGAAUAAUGUUCAGGCAGAGUCGUUAUUGGCCACUACUAAAAUGUCAGUUUUUAAACCCUGUUUUCUAGGUUUCAAAUUGAUGCUUCGAGGGAGGGGGGAGGGCUGGCCGAUCAUGCACCACUCUUUGUGCAACUUCUUCUAGUAAGGUCUUUUUGUUUUUUUUUUUUCUUUAAUAUAUAUAUUUUUGUGUACUUGUUGCUUGUGCUUUAUUUAGUAGUAAAUUGUGGAAUAGAGUGAUUUAUUGUUAAUUUGGCAGUAGCGGUUUUUAAAAACCAUAUACUGACUGAAACAUGAGCCAGAGCUGAUUGCUUUAUUAAGCUAAUAAUGAAUGUUAAGAGUACAUAUUUUCAGGAUCAUUUGCCUAGUGAGCUAAACAUGUAUUAUAGGCCAAUAUUUUUUAAAAUAAAGCUUGGUCAACCUCUAUGUUACACAUAUUACAAGAUAUAGCACUUUCAAAAGAAAAACCUAAACCUUUUAAGAAAGUUUCUUACAGGUUAUGCUUUUUAUUAUAAAACCUUUUAUUAUAAUUUGUUUCAAGUGCCAUUAGAUUACAUAUAUGUAGGCCUUUGGUAUAAUGCUUUGUGUACAAAAUGGUAGACAUUGUAAUUUUAAACAGGUACAUUUUUACAGUGUUUUCUUAUCAAUUUGCUAUAUUGCACAGAACCAGUGUGUCUUUCUUAAGGGUUUUACAAUGGUUUUUACUAGGUUUACAUGUUUCAAACUACACUGUCUUCUACUGCCAUUUUGAAUACCAGUCAAAAAAAAAAAAAAAGAAAAAUUAGGAGUUUGUCCUCACCAAUUGUAAACUGUGUCCUCUGGAGUUCUGGAUGGUAAACUAUUGCAGAAAUACUUACAUGCGGUAUUUGAUGCAGAUUUUUUUUUAUCCUAUGCUAUCAACGCUAUGCUGCUGUCUGAAGUUAACUUAGGGCCUGAUCCUGCAUCCAUAAGCGUCAAGGGGAGCAGGAUUGCAUCCUUCGUUAUGUCUGUCUCAUACACUGGUUUAGCAGCUUGUCCUGUAUUCUUCUCGGUCUCUAGAUAAGUCUCUGAAAUAAAUGUACUUACCUGUUAUGUAGUAAACUGUAUAGACUUAGCUGCCCAUCCUGCAUCUUCCCAGUGUACCAUUAAAACCAUAGCCUACUUAGCAUGACCCUCACCAUGCAAAUAACGCCACAGUAGCUCAAAAUGUGUUUGGAUAGUCCCAAAGCUUUUUAUGUAAUAAGGGUGUCUUACUUUGUUGGAAGGCAGUGUCUUUUGAUAACAGUUAUCUAGCCCUGGAAGUGACACAGAACUAUUGCUAAUCAUAUGUAAACACUUUUCAGUAUAAGCUUCAGUGGUACAGUUGAACCAGAGUGAAUGUUUAUCUCCUCAGAAACACUCCUGCAAUAUUGUUAUAUUGGAUCAUGCUGCUAAUGUAACUUGGGAUACAACUCCUCUCAUGGUGCUACAAACCUCCCUGUCUCAUUCAGAUGUAUUUUUACCCAUAGAAAAAAGGACUAUACUAGACCUAUAGUUGUAUGAUAUAUUUUUAUACUGUGACUUAAUUUGUCAUUAAUGAACUUUGUACAACACCACAAUGUAUUCAUAUGCACUUGCAAAAGUAAAAUUUUGGACAUGCAAAUUUAAACGCUGACAAGCCCAGCUCUUGUUCACAAAAAUAGAUGACUUAAUUAAAAUUAAACGUGGGCUUUUUGUACAGUGUGGAGUGAAGAACACACUGUAUAUUACUAAAAGCCUUUGAAUUUAGACAAAACUGGGGAAAAAAAAAGUAUAUUGGGGAAUGAUGACACACCCAAACCUGACUCGGAUUGCUGAAAUUAUAUUUUUUAGCUAGUGGAAAAAUUGUUUGGACUUGUAUGCUAAAAUGUUUUAAUGAUAAAAGUUUUGAGUCAAAAAUAUAGAAAAAAAAAAAAAAAGAACACAGAAAACCCUGCAUUCCAGACUGAAUUUGUAUAUGUUUCUUGCAUUUAAAAUUUGCUAUCCUGUGAUAUGGGAAAUCGAGUUGCUUAUCAUGUAUAUGUACUUUAAAAUGUAUUCACAAACUACUGUUGUAUUUGUAUAAAAUAUAGACAAAAAGAUUGCAUAUAUAUUUUUGUGUAUAAGCUCUGUAAAAUAGCAAUCACAUUAUGAAGCUGCAGCAGAACUUCAUUUUAAACAUUCACAUCCAAAGAAACAGACUAUUUAUUGUCCACAUACCCUGAUUAUAAAAUAUACCUUGCUGCUAUUAAACAAUAGUGCUGCAGCUUCUUGUGGCCUACAGUGUUAUGUUUGCUGUACAAAAAUAUGUGAACUCCACAAAAUAUAUCAAUAAAAUUACAGAAUGGUUUUAGUUAAUGAA